AUGGAUAGCUGUAACACAGACUGCAUUGAGAAACCCCUUCGUCUUGCUUUUGCCAUGUUAGGAAGAUGCGUGGCUCGGCACUCGUUGUGGUUUGCCGGAAUUCCUAUUGUAAUUUCUGUAAUACUCGGGUCAGGGUUCAUGAAUUUUAAGAAAACUGAAGCAAAUGACAUAGAAGAACAGUUUACUCCCACAAGCGGUCGAGCAAAAGUAGAAAGAUCUUUUGUUCGACAGCAUUUUCCAAUAGAUUUUGCCGAAUUCUCGGUAGCGAGGCUUUUCACAGAUGGGGCAUUUGUUUCUUUCGUUGCUGUUGCUAAAGAGAGUAACAUCCUUACCAAAAAAGCAUUUGAAGAGAUCUUAGAACUUGAUAAAAUGGUCAAAAAUUUAAAGGUUACUUACAAUGACACUGAAUAUGACUUUAUGACUCUUUGUGCGAAAUUCGCUGGGUCAUGUUAUGCAAGUCCAAUUUUAAGUAUUAUAAAUCACAAGGCUGAUCUAGUGGAGAGCAUUGUGUUUGAAUAUCCUCUCCAUAAUAACUCGUUUAUUGGAACUGCUGUGGGUGGAGUUGAGUUAGAUGGAUUUAAAGUUAAAAAAGCUCGUGCGGUUAGGAUUGAAUAUCACUUAAGAGAAGACGACGAAAAAUUUGAAAAGCUGACCAGAAUGUGGAUUCAGACGUUUCUGAACAAAAUUUCUAAAUCAUCAGAUUUAAAAUGGAUUAAGAUUUCACAUUUCAGUUCCAUAUCAAGACAAGAUGAAUUUGAAGGAAAUGCCAAAAUAAUAAUUCCACUCUUUUCCGUUACUUACUUCCUCACAAUAACCUUUUCUAUUGUAUCCUGUAUGAGGCUUGACUGUGUGAGGAAUAAGGUCUGGGUGGCUACUCUGGGAGUCUUAUCAACUGGAUUAGCCGUACUAACAGGCUUUGGACUACUGGUAUACUGUAAAGUGUCAUUUGCCAUCAAUACUGCCAAUGCACCUUUUCUGAUUCUAGGUAUUGGUGUAGACAAUAUGUUCAUUAUGCUUGCAAGCUGGCAGAAAACAAAUGUUGACGAUGGUAUUGAAGAACGCAUGGGCAUAGCCUACUCUGAUGCAGCCACCUCCAUUACAAUCACUACUUUGACUGACAUUUUGGCCUUUUAUAUUGGCAUAAUGACUCCUUUUCCAUCUGUGCAAUCAUUCUGUGUUUACACUGGUACAACUGUUUUGCUGAGCUUUAUUUACAACAUUACAUUUUUUGGAGCUAUUCUUGUAUUGAAUGGAAAAAGAGAGGCUGCGAACAGGCACUGGCUAACAUUUAGAAAAGUUGAAAGUGAGCAUUUACCAGGAGAAUCUAAAUGUUAUGGAAUGUGCUGUGUGGGUGGGGCUUACAAUGAGGAAACAGGUGCAGAGAUAGAACAUCCAAUUUCUCUUUUUAUGAAUGAUCGUUUUGGUCCAUUUCUUACAAAUCGUUGGACCAAGGGAGUUGUGGUGGUCCUUUAUGUAGGUUAUCUGGCUGGCAGUUUUUACGGCUGCUUUCAUCUCAAAGAAGGGAUCGAUAUCAGAAAUCUGGCCAAUGAUUAUUCAUAUGUGAUUAAAUUCUAUGAUGAUGAGGGGAAGUAUUUUUCCAAGUAUGGACCACGUGUCAUGGUUAGUGUCACCCAACCUGUAAAUUACUGGGACUCAAACAUUCAGAAUGAAAUUGAAAACUGUAUGCAAGAAUUUGAAAAUCUCUCCUAUGUAGAUGAUGAUCUCUCAGAGUCCUGGCUCCGUACAUACGUUGGAAUUGCUAACCAAAUGCCAAAUGUUAGCAUAAAGAGUAAACAUGAAUUUAUAGAUACGUUGGAUGAUUUUUUCAACAUUAUCCCUACAUAUAAGCAAGAUAUUGAUAUUUCUGUUGAUAAAGAAAGCAUUGAGGCAUCACGUUUUUUUAUUCAAACUAUUUACAUCAAUAAUUCAACUGCUGAGAAAAAUAUGCUGAUUAAAUUACGAAAAUUGGCAGAUGAAUGUAGCAUUCCUUUACAAGUAUUUCAUCCUGCAUUUAUCUAUUAUGAUCAAUAUCUUGUUAUAAUAUCCAGCACAGUACAGAAUAUUGGUGUGGCUGCUGGCGCUAUGCUACUUAUUGCCAUUUUGAUGAUUCCUAAUCCAAUAUGUUCUAUCUGGGUUACAUUUGCUAUUGCAUCAGUUUUAGUGGGUGUGGCUGGGUUUAUGACUUUCUGGGGUGUCAACUUAGAUUCUAUAUCUAUGAUUAAUUUAGUCAUUUGUAUUGGCUUUUCAGUGGACUUUACAGCUCAUAUUUCGUAUGCAUUUGUUUCAAGUGAAAAAGAAACUGCCAAUGAGCGAUCUAUUGAUGCAUUAUAUAGACUUGGCUAUCCUAUUAUCCAAGGGGCUCUUUCAACCAUAAUGGGUGUCAUUACAUUGUCUGCUGCAGCAAGUUACAUAUUCAGGACAUUUUUUAAGAUCAUGUUCCUCGUCAUAACUUUUGGUGCAAUUCAUGGAGUUGUGUUAAUGCCAGUAUUUAUGACUUUUUUCAGUCGUAAACCUACAGAGUAACAGACUAUAAAACAAAAUAAGAGGUAGUAAAAGGAAAACCAGAGCAAAACUAUGUGCCCUAUUCAAACCAGAAAUGGCAUACAAUUAUUAGCUCAACCAACAAUAAUUUAAAUUAACAAUUUAUGAGGUUCUUUCCCACCUUGAUAAGUUUUAUUGCCAUAUUCCAAAAACUGGGACUUUGCAAAUGAGUGCCUUAUAAUGGCCAAGUGCAAUUCUGGAUUGAUAUGAUUACGUAUAACUUCACCCUACCUAAGCAGUCAAGAUUGUGCUGAUGUUGAUGGUGGAUUAUGGGCUCUUUCUCAGUGCAUAAGCUAAACAUGGCAAAUGACUUUCCUCAUUUGUAUCAAUCUUCUGAUUUAUUUUUUGUAUCGAGUCCAUGAUAUUAAGUGCUUGUGUUUUAAUGCACUGAAAAGAAUGAAUAGUAAGUGUUACAUAUAAAAACACAGUAGGCUUUAAGGAUGUUAUGGUUAGUAAUAGUAUUGUUUGUGAGUUUUAAAUCUUGCCAUGGCAAGUCACGAAAUUAAAUUCAAUAAAUUUGACAAUGGCCACAAAAGUUGUGGGACAUUGUAGAAAGAUAUGGUUGAUUUUCCAUGUUCUUGAAGUGGUCCAGCAAAUCACUUGGUUAUGGGCAAUAAAUUUGGGUUAUGUGCUGAAAAAUAUUUUUUUAAAUCCAGGUUGCUUCUAAUAAUGUCUUUUUCAUGUAUACAUUUGUUUUCAUAUUCUCCAAUGUACAUGGUAAAAAUGUCAUUGUCCAAAACCGAUGUUGUAAUUACAUAAACCUUUACAUCUUCCUGAAUUUUUCUUUGUAUUAUUCACCUGAAAAUAAAUUAUUUUCCUUCCUUUCUGGAUA